CGCUCCGAGAUCCAUGGUGGGGUGCCCCACGCUCCCCAUUUCCCACUUCGGUUGGGGUCACUGCGGCUUGAUUUCGUCAGGUGGCCUUUUUUGAGGUGGGUUGCUGAUCAGGACACCAAGUCAGAAGGAGUCGGGAAUUCCCAAGUUUCAUCCGUUCCUCUGUCGUCCUUUCCUCUUCUUUCCACUGUCCAAUCCAGCCGAAGUCAAGUUCUGAACAGCGCACCAAAACGGAUUGGCUGCCAACCUCCAAUCCGACACGCUUGCUCGCAUGCGAAAGAACGAUACGCGAUAGAGAACCGCGGCUCCCCAGUUCUGGCCGAGCCCUCCCCUCACCCCGAAAAGACCCCGACGUCUCGAAUCCUCUCUCGCAGCCUCCAACAACUUUUGCGACUUGGGUAACUCGGCAGCAUAGGAGGAGGGCUAUCACUCCCCCGCUCCCUCAUGACUAUCGUUCGUUAUGCCCGACCUCCUCGUCCAUGGGUCGCCCCGCACACCAGCCGAUGUCCCACCUCUCCAAAAUGUCAAGAUCGGGAGGAGAAGGCAGACCCGCGGCCAUGGUCUGUUCCAGGUGACGCGGCUCAUCCAGACAGCCAGCAAUCUCGCUCUCUCAUUGCGAGAUGGCCUGACCGCGUCGGACCGCGAGGAGAAGAGGUGGAAGGAGGAGCGGAAACAGAUACUCGCGGCGCGCAUGGGAGAGGCCCGCACGUUGAAGGACUGGGAAGAAGCCGCCGCUGAGCUUGACCAACUCGAGGGUAACGACGAAUGGAAACUGGAUGACACGAGCACCGAGUCCGACUACCACCCCGAGUUGAUCCAGGCCAAACUAGACGCCCUCGACACCGCCCGGACCAACUGCGAUAUCAGCACCAUGAUGUAUCUCAUCAGGACCGAAUUGUCGCGCGACACUGGCGGCAUGGGGAAUAUGGAACUCUACCGCCACUCCUACAUCGGGACCAAGGUUUUGAUCGAGCGGUAUGUCGACUCGGCCCUUGAGACCAUUGAUGCGCUGGUCGAGAAAACCGCCUCUGGGUUUGACAGGGACCCAAGAGAACUGUUGGAGGGGAUGGUCUACGCCAGACAGAGCUUUGGCCGGAGCGCUUUGCUCUUGAGCGGCGGCGCCACAUUUGGGAUGGCGCAUAUUGGCGUCCUCAAAACCCUUUACCGCGAACGGUUGCUCCCGCGCAUCAUCUCGGGCGCAUCUGCGGGGUCCAUCGUCUGCGCAGUUCUAUGCACACGCAAGGACGAGGAGGUGCCCGAGCUGAUCGGAUCAUUUCCGUUCGGCGACCUGGGCGUGUUCGAGGGAAAGGACGAAUCCUUCUCGGAUCAUCUCCGUAACCUCCUGACCAAGGGUAGCUGGUCCGACAUCUCGAACCUGACCAGAGUGAUGCGAGCAUGGCUCGGCGAGGUGACCUUCAAGGAGGCUUAUAACCGAACGCGCCGGAUUUGCAACAUCUGCGUGUCGUCUGCUUCCAUUUACGACGUCCCGCGGCUUCUCAACUACAUCACCGCACCCAACGUGUUGAUCUGGUCGGCUGUCGCCGCCUCCUGCUCCGUCCCCAUGGUCUUCCAGGGCCACCCCUUACUGAUGAAGCAUCCGGAGAGCGGGGAGCAUUCCCCCUGGACGCCUACGCCGCAACAGUUCAUCGACGGUUCUGUCGACAACGACCUCCCGAUGACGCGCCUCGCCGAGAUGUUCAACGUGAACCACUUCAUCGUCUCGCAGGUCAACCCGCACGUCGUUCCCUUCCUCCCAAAGGAUGAGCACGUCGUCCCGGGGCAGCUGACACAGAGCAGAGCGGCUCCGGACCGCCGGCAGUGGAUUUACAACGUGACGUCCCUUGCCAAGGAGGAGGGGCUGCAUCGCAUGCAUUUCCUCGCCGAGAUGGGUGUCUUCCCCAACCUUCUCACCAAACUUCUCUCUGUCGUGAGCCAGAAGUACUCGGGCGACAUCAACAUCCUCCCAGAGAUCGCGCUGAGCGACCUCCCGCUCAUGCUCAAGAACCCCACGUCCGACUUCAUGCUCCGCAACUGCCUGACCGGCGAGCGUGCCACCUGGCCCAAGCUGAGCCGCAUCCGCGACCGCCUCGCCAUCGAACUCGCCCUGGACCAGGCCGUCCACGCCCUGCGCGCCCGCGUCGUCUUCAGCCAGAGCCAGGUCAACCUCCGCCGCGCCAUGGGCGUGCACCAACCCAUGCCCUUCCGGCAUCCCCCGGCCGGCGCCAGCCCCGGCGGCCUCACCACGCUCGGCGAGCUGAGCCCGUCGUCCGGCGGGGUCUGUGUCGUCCAGCCCCCCAGCUCCGGCGAGGGCACGCCCUCGGAUGGCGUCACGUUCGGCCGGCGCCGCGGGUCUGGCGCCAGCAUCCAGCUCGUCGCUGCCAGGCAUAACAAGAAGCCCUUUUUCCCGGACCCCGAGGACGACCAGUCGGACGACGACGAGCGGCUCGAGCUCAGGGUCCGCUCGGCCCGCGCCAGGGGCUGGGUCCGUGGCACCGGGGCUGUCAGUCCCGCUGGCGUGCAGCCGCCGCGCCUGAGGCGCAAUGCCAAAAGUCAGAGCUACAUGCGUGAUGGCAAACCGGCCGCGGAGUUCUAUGCCCGAGAGGAGUUCCGACCCUUUGUCGGCGGCCUGUCGCUGUGGCCGGCGGCGCUGCAGACUGGGGAGUCCUCCGAGCAGACCCCCGCCGAAGCCGCAGGCGAUGACGACGACGAAGCUGCCAACACCACCACCGCCACCCCCACCACCACCGCGGCCGAAGAGGAGGACGGGACGAGCAGCAGCCCGUCUGGAGACGCGUAUACUGCUAGUGGUGGUGGUGUGCUGGGCACGCCGACGGUGGACAGUGAUGGUGGGGGGCACACUUCGGAGGGCGUGCAGAGUGAUGCGGACCCAUAUGCGGCUGGGGCGGCGGGGCAGCAUGGCGCGGGGUCCGGGUCGGGGUCGGGGUCGGGGUCGGGGAGGAGGGAGGUGCUGUCCAAGUUGAGGUAUUCUUCGCAGUUGUGA